AUGAACCGUAUAUCGGAAAUCGAAAACAUUCUUCAUCGAUUAAUAUUGAUCGAUGAGACAAGUCUCAUCGUGAACAGCGAUUGGAACGACGUUGCCGAUGACAUCGUUCGUAAACUCAACAUGGUUCGUGCACAGUGUUAUCGCCCGUUAUCACCCCGUUCGUUGGAAUGCUCACCACGUCCAUCUACGUCACCUCGCCUACUUGACUUGACGCCACCGGCUAGCACCUUGAGUUCGGCGGCAAGUGAAAUAUCCGAAGUGCCAACGACCUGCUCUACCGACAUCUCCUAUCAAAGCGCUGCUCAUGCCUUUAACAGGGAAAUCUUCUCACGAUGUGUACAGAUAGUAGAAGCAGCCGACAAGCAGGGACAUAUUGAAAUGUGA